AACAGUCUGUACAAGACCUCAGGAAACACAAUAUGCUGUCUCCGAGGGAAGGGCCGACACAAUUAGAGCUGCCGUCGCGUCCAUUCGGACUAAUACUACCUCCGGAUAGAAGGAACUCAUUCCUCAACGACAACCAAAGUAUUGCCGGCAGUAUUAUCUUAAGGCCAACAGAUUCUGUAUCUCUGGCGCAGACUUCGAGAACUGGUAGUGAAGUGGGAAGUGUUUCUGACUUUGACAACAAUGAACAAAGCAAACUUCAGCGCUCCAUUUCCAUCUACGAUAAUGUGGACAUUCAUGAGUGCAUUGAAGCGGCCAAAUGGUUGAGUGCUGUCGACUCACCACAACACAGACCCAGGAGUAGGGAAAGCAGAACACUGUCCGCUCACUCACAAGAAGUGGAAACACAUUCACAAACAGAUGUCAAGAGUGAUGUCAAGGAAAUCACUGAAAAGAAUGAGUCUGAAAAUGAGUUUUUUCACAAAAACGAGACAAAUGGCGAGAAACAUGAGAUGAAAACUAUCAGCAGUUCUUCGAUAUCUGAAAAUUAUAGUUCAUUUACGUCUGCAAAUGAAAGCCAAACCCAAGCAUUAUUUGAGAGAAAUGAGUCGAAAAUAUCAAUGGAAACCAAAAGCCAAACGAAUGGAGAGAUAGGGAGCCGAACGUCUCCUAUGAGGACGGCCUACAAACGCGGCACUGAGAAGAGACAACCA